AUGAGCAUGCCCUCCAAGCGUGAAUACUCCAGCUCCGAGGAGGAGGAGGCGGCCUCACCCGCUCCGGCUCCGGCGGCCAAGAAGGUUAAGCCCGCGUCCAAGCCUGCGGCCAAAGCCGAUCGUCUGCCCAUCAAAGCCACAGCGAAGAAGGAAGAGCCCCAGUCCGACGCCGACGCGGAGGGAGAGGAAGAAGAGGCGGAUGAGAAGAAGCCUCCUGCGAGUCCUACCAAGAAGCGCAAGGCGCCGAGCGAGGGACCGAAGAACAAGAAUCCCGCCUGGAGCGCCGCGGAGGAUCAGAUCAUCAUCGACGACAUUGUCUCCGGCUGGAAGCCCAACUACGACGUCCUCAUCGCUGGACUGCGCUCGUACCAUCAGCGCUACAAGAGUGGCACGAAGUUCAUGACGGGCGGCCAACUUGCUGCCGCGACGGCCACGGCGCCGAGCAAGUGA